GCUUAGUCACCUCGACCACUCUGCGAUAGCGGCGCUCUGACUGAUUGUGAUCCGAUCGCUCGACGCCCGACGCCCGAGGCCGUGGCCACUGCGGAGCCGUCGGGCGGUUCGAAACGUGCAGUGGUGUAGAGUUGGGGGCUGCGUUCCAGCGAGAUAGUUGAAUAUCGGCUGCGUUCGAGUGGUGGACGCAGCCAGGAGACUCGGUGUGCCCUUGCAGCCGUCUGCGCGUCUUGUUCCCCGGCGUCAGCAUCGGAAGAGGACGGCAGCAGUCCGUGUCCACCCUACGGUUCUACGGUGACAGCGGGACGGGACAGCAGUUCACAGUUCACAACGCACGCGGCGCAAGACCCCCACGUUGAGGAUGCACUCAAUGACGCGGCUUUUUGUCGUCGCCGUGAUCGGCUGUGUGGCGGCGGACGUUUGCACGCGCAGUCCGCGGCAGUUCCUGGCCACCAUGGAGGGCGCGGGGAGACCGGUGCUGAUCCGCCGCGGCGAGGCCGUUGAGCUGGUCUGCCGUCCGGCCGACGACCAGGGCUGCCGCUGGAACAGACGCGGCGGAGACGUACUCAGCGACGAGUGCCUGCUGAGCGCCACCAAGGCCGGUGUCUAUCAGUGUACACAGGGCGGCACGCUGGUCGGAUCAGUAGAGCUGAAGAUAUCUAGUGAAACUACAGUUUACCCCUACCGUGAAGAACCGGAUUAUCGAAUUCGUCAUAGCUCUGCUUACCAAGAAAAAGAAAGAAAACGCCGUGCAGAUGCCCACAUGUGUUCCGACACUGGUAAGCUCAUCGAGCAAAGUCUCCUGUGUGAUGGAGCGAAGAACUGCAACAAUGGAGAGGAUGAGCGGAGCUGCUCGCUGCCCUGCGGAGCUCCGUCCGUGGGAGGCGGCAGCUCGCUGACCACGCCGGUCGGCCAGCUGUACCCGCACGGUGCCACGGUCACCUACACCUGCCCGGCAGGAUUCUCCUUCCGACAGACACUGGGCGAACUCCGGCGCACGUGCCACCAGGGGCGCUGGAGCGACUCGCCGCCGACCUGCCACCGAAACAUGGCGUUCGGCAGGGCCACCGCGGCGUUCCCCCGAUCUGCCCUGCUGGGCCUGGGGUCAGAACUGGCUGUUGACGGACAGGUGGGCACAUGGACGAUGCUGACUCCCAGCGAGGGCACACAGUCGCUGAAUGUGACGCUCGAUGAUGGCGUUUCCGUCGAUCUGGUGCUGGUUCGCACGCUGAGCGCCAGCUACUCGGUCUAUCUGAACUCGGGCAGCAGCUGGACGGAGUGUCACUGCGACAGGAAUAUCUCCAGGGAGGUGGAUCUGACCGGACUGGCUGCCUGCACCUGUCCCUCUGACGAGCUAAUCGGUGCCGAAGACGGUAGUCCGCUGAUUCUGGAGGUCCUCAGCUCGGCUCCCGGACUGACGUCCCUCUCAAUCUCGGAGAUCGCCGCCUUUGAGCCGCUGUCUCCCGCGAACGACACAUGCGAGCUGCUCGACCAGCCCGCCAACGGCCGCUAUGAGCGCACGGGCGACUCCAGCGUCCGUCUCGUCUGCGACGAAGGCUACCGCGCCUCGUGCGCGGGUGACCUACCGUGCUCGGAGGCGGCCUCAGCGGUGUGCCGGCCGCUCACCUGUCCUCCGCCGCCGACCAUCCCGCGCGCCACCACCGUGUCCAGCAACGGCACCCGCUCCGGAGCGGUAACCGAGUACCAGUGCUCGGCCGGUUACCAGCUGUACCCCGAGAGCCAGCGCACCACCGCCGAGUGCCGCGGCGGUCUCUGGUCCCUCAGCCACAUCAGCUGUCUGCCCGAGUCGGAUCUGCGCGUGGUGGCGCUCCGGCUGGGCCGGCAGCACUCGCGCAGCGUGGCCGCGCUCGGCGCCGAGCUGGAGCGGCUGGUGGCCGGUCAGCAGCAGCUGCUGCGGCGCCUGGAGGGCACCCAGCGGCGGCUCAGGCAGGUGGAGCAGAUGCUCGACAUCAACUGGGAGGAACUGGCAGAGGAGGACCAGAGGCUGGACUCAGUGGAAGAGAAACAGGAGGAAAUGCCGGAACCGAAGGAGGAGGUGGUGGACACAGCGCAAGAAAAGGCAGCGGAAACCGAAGUGGAUGAAAUGAUACGGGAACUAGAAGAAGUUGAGCAGGAAUAUGAGAACGAUUAUGAAAUAUGGUAGCCAGGUAGGUAAGACAGCGCCAGAGAAGAAAAGAAAUGAAGAAGAAAAAUGGUGAUUGACAUAAAUCCUAUUUUGUGCAACCGUCUACUCAGAAAUAUUUUUCGACUUGUGGAGAUCUUAUAAGUCCGUAGUUACGAGCUUCGCACGUGUUUGCGCUAAUGAUUGGUAGCAAAAAAAAAACUAUCGUCACUUCUUUACGAUAUGUCAUAUGAUACUAUUAGGGGCCAGUUAGAUGAUUGUGUGCUAUUUUUUAUUAUCUCUUCAACACGUAUGUCAUUUAAUUAAAUAAAGCAGCCUAAUGUACUUACAUAGAUGAUAGAUAGGUAAACCUAUCUGAUUCCCCUGUGCGGUGUGCAAAAAACGUUUUUACGUGUCAUAAACUUUAUGAAUUUACUUGCAUGUAUCUGGCGAACCAAUUACCAAUAAAAGCAUCCUGAUUUUAA